UCAACUCCCAACUCACCUCUCAUAAAACACCUUUGCUAUCCGUUUCAGCUCACCUUCUCCAAACCUUCAUUUCCCAUGGCUGGUUUUCCUUCAACAAAGAUUACUCCUUUGGCGCUUUUGUUUCUCUUUCUAACCUUCACGGAGGCCAAGGAAAUCUUGGUCGGCAGCAGAACGGACGCUUGGAAGAUCCCAUCUUCUGAGUCUGAUUCCCUCAACAAAUGGGCCGAAAAAGCUCGUUUUCGCAUCGGCGACUCGCUCGUGUGGAAAUACGACGGCAGCGAAGACUCGGUGCUGCAGGUGACGAAGGAGGCGUACCUGAGCUGCAGCACCUCGGAGCCGCUAGCGGAGUACAAAGAUGGAGACACCAAGGUAGAGCUUCGAAAGUCGGGACCUUUUUUCUUCAUCAGCGGAGCAAAGGGUCACUGUGAGCAAGGCCAGAAGAUGAUUGUGGUGGUGCUGUCUCAAAAGCAUAGAAUCUCCCCGGCACCUUCUCCGACCGGACUCGAGGGACCUGCCGUUUCUCCGACGAGCGGUGGUGCGGGAUUGAAGGCUGGUUUGUCGGUGACUUUGUUGGGGGUUCUGGUUUUGGGGUUGUUUUGAGAUGUUUUGGGGUUCUGUUUAGAUUGGGUUGGACAUUUAAAUCGAUUAG